CUGAGGUACUAACUGAAGAGGAAAUUCAAGACAUUUUGGGCAAAAAAGUCGAAAUUAAUGAGUUGGAAACUCAAUUAAAUAAUAUCAAAAAAUCUUCAAAGAAGGAAAACGUAGUUGAUUAA